UAAAGGGAAACUAGAAUCCUUUGUUGACUGAAAGAGUGUUUCAUGUUUCAGUUUCUGACCUAGCCUUUUACCAUCAUUCUGGUCAAAUGUAUGGCUUUCUAACUAAUUGGCUGAACUGGGUCCUUUCAUGAUUUCUUCUAGAAUGGAUGUGUGAGUUAGUGCUCAAAAUAGAAAGGAACAUGUACCUCCCUCCUCCAAGGCCACCCUGGAAGGCUUCACUAGGGGUGUAAGCAGCACUCAGGCUACUAUCUUCCAGACUGGGUGUGUCAAGGAGCAGGCUUCUGGGAUAAGAUUGCCCAGAGGUGACUUGGCUUCUCAAAGGCCUGACGUGUAGCCUCUGCAGGCAGGCACUUCCACCAUGGCUGGGAGGCAGACUGAGUCACGUCUAGCCCCUGAUUGCCUACUGUCCUUGACUGACUGUAACCCAGAGUGAACAGAAAUGGAAACAGAGCCUUUCUUUGCUUGAACCUGAUUAACCUCAGGGACCCUCCCUACUCCUUGAAAGGGCAGAUGGAACCUUGUAUCUAGAAAGGGACAAGCCUAAGAGAUUCAGCUUCUUAGGCUUAUCUGCUUCAUGCUUUGUAGCAGACCCUGUCAGACUGGUGCAGGGAGCCGCAGAGUGGGUGGGAAGGGAAUCAUCAGGGUAACAGACACCCAGAAGUGCUGAUUGAAGGAAGCAAGAGGCGUGGCUCAGCCGGCUCCCAAGCCAUUGUUUCCUAAGGAGACUGAUGGAAAUCUGGCCAUCUGGGUGGGAUGAAGGAAGGAAGGAAGGAGGCAGAGCUGGUCUGGAUUUGGCUCUGCACUGGAGUUCAGAAGUAAGCACAUAACCCACAAACAGAGUGAAUGCCAUGUCUUUAGGGAGGGACUCUGGACUUGGGAAGGUGGCUAGGAAGGAGGCAAGGAAGCCCCACGGUGGGUGCGGGUAGGGGAGGAGGCAUGUCUGGCCUGGCAUCCAGUAGGAGUUUCCCCCAAACUUUAUAUUUUCAGGAGCCAGUGGUAGCAAAUAUGCACUUCCAUUUAUUGUCAUGCAGAGAUGUCAAAUUGAGAAUGAGAUAUCAACUUGUGAUUCUUGAGGAUCAAUUUUAAGUUCAGUGAUGAUGAUGUAUGAGUGGGCGCACAAGUGAAAAGAGACAAAAGGCCACAAAGGAUGUUCUCUGCCGUAUCAUUCCAGCCCUGAUAAGGGAUCCAGCCGCCGCCUCCAUCUCAGACGGAGACUGUGACGCCCGGGAGGGUGAGUCAGUAGCCAUGAAUUACAAACCAUCCCCGCUCCAAGUGAAGCUGGAGAAGCAGCGGGAGCUGGCCCGGAAGGGCUCCCUGAAGAAUGGCAGCAUGGGUAGCCCUGUCAACCAGCAACCCAAGAAGAACAAUGUCAUGGCCCGGACAAGGCUGGUCGUCCCUAAUAAAGGCUACUCCUCGCUUGACCAGAGCCCAGACGAGAAGCCACUGGUAGCCCUUGACACGGACAGCGAUGAUGACUUUGACAUGUCCAGAUAUUCCUCCUCUGGCUACUCCUCUGCUGAGCAGAUCAACCAAGAUUUGAACAUCCAGCUGCUGAAGGACGGCUACCGGUUAGAUGAGAUCCCUGACGACGAGGACCUGGACCUCAUCCCCCCAAAGUCCGUGAACCCCACCUGCAUGUGCUGCCAGGCCACGUCCUCCACCGCCUGCCACAUUCAGUAGCAGGCGGGGCCGCAGCGGCCGCCCGGGGCAGGGCCACCACGGGCCAGGUUGGACCGGGCAGGGGCCGACCCCUCCCCAGCUCAUCCGCCUGCCCCCGGCCCCCGUGCCCCCUAAAGUCGCCAACCUCGUAACAGUCAUUGCUUCCUCCUAUGGUAGGACGUGUACCUCUGUGUGUUCAUGGAGCCGGAGAAACCAAAACGGGGUCUCUCUCCACCCCGGGGGCGCUGAGGCAGGGUGGGGGUUGUUUGUUCAGUUACUUGGGGGACCUCACCCAGCCCCCCCCCCCUUCCCCAAAGCUGCAGUCCAGUCCAGGACUGGAUGGCAGGGAGGCCAACCAUAACGAGUAUGGGGAGGGAUCGGAAAGCCAGGGCUUGGCCCUGCCCCAUUGAAGCCAUGAAACCCUCAGCCCCAGCCUGAGUAGGAGAGUGGCUCCGAGGGAGAAAGGCCCAGGGCAGUGGGGCAGGGCCCAGCGCCUCGAGCCCCCUCCCCACGCCCCCUGCCGGCCCAUGUACCUAUUUGCAUUUUCCCCCUUCAGCUCCAGACGGGAAGCCUGGCAAAGCUGCCCAGCUGGAAUCCCCACCUCCAUCAGAUCACUGCCUCCUUCCUCUUCCUUGUUUUGCUCCAUUAGUCCCUCUGGGUUUCAGGGGAGGGAAAGGCUGGCCUCAGAGACUGGCCAUAAUUCGGGGUAGUAUAGUCAGUCUGUCCUCACCACCCCAACCAAUGCAACUCCCUUCCUGCCUCCACCCCCUCCCCACCUGCUUCUGUUCAUUGGUCUCUGUCCCAGGCUGGAAGCAGGAGGUAAGGCUGACCUCAAAUGCCCCCAUUCUCAUCUCCCUCCGGCCCAAGAUCCUGGAGGCCACUUCCCAGAAGCAAGCUUAGGAAACUGCAGUGACUGCAUGUUGUGUGGUAGAGAGCCGGGCAGGUGUGCAUGCCUCAGGCUGUCACGGAGUGUGUCUGUGUCUCUGCAUUGGGCCUGUCUCUCCAGAUGUCUAUUCCGGUUAUAGACAUGUGUCCACGGCGGGAUUAUGACUGUGUGGUCUGUUAACUGUGAGAGGCGGCACAUUUGUGUGAUGGACUAAGGGCCCAGGAUUGGAAGUCAGAAGGCUGGAUUCUGGUUGGAGCUCUGAAAGUCUCCCUGGGGCCUCCAGCAAGCCACUUGCCUUCUCCUGGCUUUAGUUCCCUCAACUGUCAAACGAGCAGCAGCUGAAAUGGUUUUUAAGAUCCUUUCAAACAUGAAGGAAUUUAUUCAUAGGCAUUUCUAUGGAGGUGUGUAAGGAAAUCUCUGUGUGCCUUUGAGGACGACUAGGGGCCUCCUGAUGUAUGCCCGUGUGCGGAGAGGGGCAAGUUCCAGUGGGAUGUGGGUAUGUGUGUGUGCAUGUGUUAUGGCGGGGGCGGGGGUAGCUAUUGUGUAUGUAGCUGUUUGCGGGGUCUGUGAGUCAGACUAUGCAUCCUUCUGCUGCUGUUGCUGGGUGAGGGGCGGGGUGCCAGAAAAGUGAAAGAUGAAAAAAGGGAAGAUGUGACCAAGGCCCUCCCCUGGCACUGGGGGAUGUAGAUCUGCCUCCAAAUAAAGAGAAAAGAAAGCAUAGAUAUCCUAAGCCUGCUCAGGCCUGUGCCCCUCAGAUUCCAUAUCCGUGCGCCAGGCUAUACAUGCCUCAUUCCUCCAUGCUGACAGCCCACACCCGCUCUUCCAUCCACUCUCACAUAUACCAUUCACAUGCUGCAGGCAUGUAAAGGCUACCCCCACAGUAUACUCUUGGGAUGCCAGUGCUGGAAGGUGGGUGCUAGAAGGGGAGUGGUGAGAAGAGCAUGACGUCCAGGGGCUGCCAAUACCAAAGUGUUGGGAUGCGGCUCUCCAACCCAGCGCCUUCAACCCACCCCCACUUCUGCUAGUGGAAGAGCCCUGGUUAGAUGUUGAGGAAAUGCCAAAGGGAGACAGAGACAGACAAGGCACUUGCAAUGCCCACAAGGCCCAUUCUGAAACCAUUUCUCCCAUUCUGGUCAGCAUUUCCGCCUCCAGAGCCAAGCCUCCCACUACCAUCACUACCCCAGGCUCCUUGACUCACCUUUAGGAACAUGGUGUCUCCUCUUUUCCAGGCAGGGCCCCUACUAGGGCUCAUUUUGACUGCUGCCUUUGCUGCUGACUUGCUGUGUGACUCUGACCCACUGCUCAACCUCUCUGGUCCUAGGGAACCAGAGAAAAGCUCCCUCCCCAGAGGACAUACCUAGUGCCCUGGCAAGCCAGGGCUUCUGACUGCGGCAGUAGACAGGUGGCAGAGAGAGGUAGACCCAGCACCUUCUGGGUCUAAGGAGAGUGUGUGGUCCCUUCUUCCCUGUCUGGGAGGUUGGAGGAGAGGAAUCGAGGCCUUAGCUUACCCCCCUGCCAACCUUCCCCCUUGUAGAUACUGCCUUAACAGUCCCUCAACCCUCAGCUCUGGCUGCCACCCAGCCAGGUUUCUCCGUGCUCACUAAUUUAUUUCCAGGAAGAUGUGUGGAAGACAUGAGCCGUGUAUAAUAUUUUUUUUAACAUUUCCAUCGCAGUAUUGACCAUCAUCCUUGGUUAUGUAUCGUGUAACACAAAUAAUGAUAUUAAAAGCAUCAAACAAGCCAGCCUCAGCUCCCUACCUGGGUGUGGGCAGUGGGCUGAGAAAGGGAGAGAAUCGAUGCUCUGAAAGCACAUUUCACCCUACCUCUACUCGGGGGUUCCUGGGCCAGGCCUGCCGCUGAUCUGCUGCGUGACUGCAGGUGAGUCACUUGACACCUCAGGAUCUUCGUCUCUUCACCAAAGUGUAACGCUUGGCCUAGACAUCUCCAGGGACUCCCUGGACUCUUGAAAAUUGGGCUCUUUGGAGGCUUGAGGCAGGCAGAGACCGGGGGGUAGGACCUCCACUCCGGGCUAAGUGAUAUCACAAUGGGCAGUACCCAUCCUGGAGGAGGA